AUGGCGGACAAUGACGCGCAGCAUGAUGUCACCUUCGAGAGCGCCGACGCCGGUGCCUCGGCCACCUUCCCCAUGCAGUGUUCCGCUCUGAGGAAGAACGGGCACGUGGUGAUCAAGGGCCGCCCUUGCAAGAUUGUCGAAAUGUCCACCUCCAAGACCGGCAAGCACGGCCACGCCAAGGUGCACAUGGUUGCCAUCGACAUCUUCACCGGCAAGAAGUUGGAAGAUCUGUCCCCGUCCACCCACAACAUGGACGUCCCCAACGUCUCCCGCCGUGAAUACCAGUUGCUCGACAUCACCGACGACGGCUUCUUGUCCCUCAUGUCCGACGACGGCUCCACCAAGGACGACGUCAAGGUUCCCGAUGGCGAUGUCGGCGACAAGAUCACCAAGCUCUUCACCGACGACGGCAAAGACACCAAUGUCAUCGUCCUCACCGCCAUGGGCGAGGAGGCUGCCAUCGAUGCCAAGGAGGCUCCCAAGGGUUAG